AUGGAGUGUGACCUAAGACCUAGGAAGGAUCGGCGAAAGCUCUUUGAGUCCUUUAUGACCGCAGCUUCUAGGCUUGACCGGAAGCUCAAAGCACAACUUGAGAAUGUAGGAAUGUUUGAAGCUGGAAUGGGCUUCCAAACAACAAUGUGUCUAGGACUCAACCAGCAGGCCUGGGAGGACUUUGCCAAGAUGGCGGACGCGAGCAUCAUCCACCCCAGCGCCAGUCUUGGCAAAGUGGUCCGGAAUAACAAUGAGCUGCUGGGAGAGCGUGCCCUCGAUGUCAUGGAUGCAGUGAUCGAGGCACCUCCCCUGGCAGAGAUUCUCGAAGUGGGAGGCCUAGGUCGACGAUUCCAGAGCCCCAACAUUGCUACCGCCAUGGACAGUCCUCGAUCUCCACGUCCGCAGGAAGCACAGGUGGAGCCCCCCGAGGAAGCUCCCAGCGCACUGUCCGCACCGACUCAGUGUCGCGUCGGCAGCAAUUCCACGCUGGAGGAGCUGCAGAAACAGCUGCAAGAGCGGGCUAUGGCAGGUGGGUCCUUGGAUUCCCAGCGCUUCGACCGCAUCAUGCCAGACUCAUGUCCGCCAAGAGGUCCAUCUGGGGCGGUGCAAAAGAGAGGGGCAAAGUCCCUUCCACUCGACGAGGUCGUAGGGGUGCAGCACCGUCCAUCCAUGAGGACCUUGCAUUCUGCAGUCGACAAAGUUGUGUUGGUGAGGUCGGUUUCGCGUGCAGAGAGCAAGGAUGAGGUGGCUCAAGGCUUCGACCGGUACCGUCAGGCUUGUAUCGAUCGGCUUUGCAUCAUCCUUCUCCUGCCCAUUGGUGUGGUCCUACAUGGCCAACCUCGGUGGGUCGCAAGUGUGCGCGCUGCUGCGGUGCUGAUGUGCAUAGUGCUGUGGGCAUCGUGUCUACACACGGCGAUCACUGGAGGCAACACGGGGUGGCAAAUGGGCAGCUGCUUGCUGCACGUGUCGGAAGCUACAGCGAACCUGAUCCUCUUGUUGCAGAAGUCUUGCAGCAUCAGCUUCCAGGAGUUCAAAGCACAUGUGAAGGAUGCCAUGCGGUCCCAAAACAUGGGUCCAGCCCAAAAGUCGGCCAUCAAAUGGCACAUCCUUGUGAUCACGGCAAGCCUCGCCUGCUGGAUGAUAUGCCAAGUCGCGAAGGUCCGACUUGUUGCGAUGGGCGGUGGGCAGAUGACAUGGGAAGUCGUCGCGUUGCCUUGCCUCCAAUGCCUUUAUCGUGCAGGUUGGGUUUUAUGGCUACUGCGUUUGAACGAGUUUGUCAACGAGCUCGUGGAUGCGUUCUGCCGCGGCUGCGCGAGUAACCCUCAAGGUGUAGACUUAGCCUAUAUUCACUGGGCUCGCAUCUCUGCUUUCACCGGCCAGAUCACCGAACAUUGCCAAACAGUAUAUGGAGUCAUGUCUGUGACUGCGUUGAUGGGUGGAGUUGCCCCCAUUGCAGAGAUCUUCAUGCCAACCAGCUCCCUGCAGAGCACAGACUGGAUGCUGCCACAGCUGGCAGCGAGCAUCGUGAUGAUCUGCUUGACGACAUAUGCCUGGGGAAGUACAGCCAUGGUCAGUGAAAAGUCAAAGAAAGCGGCCUCCUUUGUGAAUUCCCUGCAGGGUUGCUUGCCUGGGGACGCGAGGGCCGAGAUUAGGUGGCUGGUCGGCUACAUGGCAAGCAGUGACCCUGGCAUCUUUUUCGGGGGAUCUAAGGUCGAUCUUUGCUGGUACUCCAGGCUGCGGUACGUGACCUUCAGUGCAACGAUCUUCCUUGCCGUACGCUUCCAGACCCUGCCGGAGGCUCACAAAGCCCUCCUGGCAGAACAGUGGGGUCGUUUCCUCCAUGCGUUGGCUGUGUGGGAGAGCGCCAGUGGGGAUUGA